AUGAAACUUUUCUCAAUGUUUUUGUUAUGUGGAAAUAGGCUAACUAGUGUUACAAUGCCAGUGAAACAUUCAUAUGUGAGUUUGGAAAUUUUCAGAAAAUCUCCAGACGUUCACAGAACUCUGGGACCUAAAUAAUUAUUUUUUUGAAAUCACCAAGCUAAAGAUUCUUCUCUGUCUUUUCAGUUCUGGAAACGUCACAUCCACCACUUCAUAAUUGCUCAGAUUAUACUCUCUGCCAUAUCUUCCACCCCAGUUUUCUCCGGACGCUCCUACGCUUUCACCUAUCUCAACCAAGGCCAGGUCACCUACAUCCACACAAUCCCAUAUUUUCGAACUUCAUAUUUCCGCCUAUUUUUCCUGAUCCCUGGAAUAUUCUUUUUGAUUUUCUCGAAUAUUUUGAUCAUCCGAAAAAUUUCAAAAAUCUCUGGGGAUAUGGAAAAAAUGCAAAAACUCAUGACAAUCUCCACAAUUUUCAUGUCAAUUGGCUCAAUUCUAGCCAUCUUCCUGUCAUUUGUGACAGUUGCUGUAACUCCAGAAGACCUUCAGAAUAUGAAUCAAGGAGUUGGGGAAUUCUUAUUGCUUGUGACGCAAAUUGGCAGAGAUUUUGAGUUGAUUUGGUGAGUCUUGUGAUUUUUAAUAAUUUUUUUUCAAAAAUAAUUUUAACAUAGUGGCCCGAUAAUUUUAUUGAUUAUGGUUGGGAAGAAUCGAAAGACCUUGCUGUUCCGGAAAAGGAUUUCAAAUGGCAGUUCGAAUAGUCGAACGGUGCAAUCGGAUUUGAGGGUUUAG